GUGCGCGCAGUCGGCGGGAUGCGGACGGGCUUGGGUUGGCAGCUCUCCCGAGAGGGGGCCGGUGGAGCCGGGUGAUGCUGGUGCUCUCCGUGGGUCUGCUGAGCGCCUCGGCGAAGGGUCAGAAUUGCAGCUACACACUACACAGUCCCAACGGGACGAUAGAAAGCCUCGGCUACCCGUACGGCUACCCCAACUACGCCAACUGCACUUGGGUGAUUGUAGCAGCCGAGCACAACCGGAUACAGCUGGUGUUCCUCGGCUUCGCCCUGGAGGAGGACUUUGACAUCCUGUCCGUGUACGACGGGCCACCCAGUCCGGGGAACCUGCGGACAAGGUUAACGGGGUUCCAGCUGCCGUCGCCUAUCGUAAGCACCGGCUCCCGGCUCACUUUGUGGCUGCUAUCGGACUACGCGGUGAGCGGCCAGGGAUUUAAAGCCUCCUAUGAAGCACUGCCCAGCUACACGUGCGGAAACCCCGGGCUGCUUGUCAACGGCCAGCAGCAAGGCUCCACGUUCAACAUCGGGGACAAAAUACGCUACAGCUGCAACCCGGGCCACGUGUUGGAGGGUCACACCACGCUGUCCUGCCUCGCCACUUCAGCCGGGACCGCAGCGUGGGAUUUCCCCUUGCCCUACUGCAGAGCGGACGACGGGUGCGGGGGUACUCUCCGAGGCCAGAGCGGGGUGAUCACCACUCCCAAUUACCCGGCCGAGUACAGCAACAACGCCGACUGCACGUGGACCGUGCUGGCCGAGCCGGGGGACACCAUCGCCCUGGUCUUCUCCGACUUCCAGCUGGAAGACGACUACGACCUGCUGGAGGUCGGCGGCACGGAGAGUUCGUCGCAGUGGUUCACCGGCCCCAACCUGCCCUCCCCCAUCAUUAGCAGCAAAAACUGGCUCCGUCUGCACUUCACCUCAGACGGCAACCACAAGAUGAAAGGUUUCAGCGCUCAGUACCAAGUAAAGAAGAUGACUGAGCUGAAGUCUCGAGGCGUGAAGAUGCUGCCGAGCAAAGACAACUUCCACAAGAUAUCCGUGUUGUCUCAAAUGGGUGUGGCCCAAGGACACAACAUGUGUCCAGACCCUGGCAUCCCAGAUCGGGGCAAAAGAAAAGGUUCUGACUUCAGACGCGGCGCCACGGUGCAUUUCUCCUGCGACGAAGGCUACGAGCUGCAGGGCUCCAAGAGCAUCAGCUGUCUGCGAGUGACUGACAGCUACGUGGGCUGGAGUGACGAGCGACCCAUCUGCAGAGCCCCAAUGUGCGGAGGUCAACUGAAAGGACCCGGCGGUGUCAUCACAUCCCCAAACUACCCGGUCCAGUACGACAACAACGCCAACUGCACCUGGGUCAUCACCGCCACGGACCUAUCCAAGGUGAUCAAGCUGACUUUUGAGGACUUUGACCUGGAGCGAGGCUACGACACGCUGACCGUGGGGGACGGCGAGGCGGUGGGGGACCAGAAGACGGUUUUCCACGUUUUGUCGGGCACCAACACCCCGGACCUGGUGGUCAGCACCAGUCACCAGAUGUGGCUCAACUUCAAAACGGACGACACCAGCGGCUCUCUGGGCUUCAAGGUGUCAUACGCAGAGAUCGACCAAGGCAGCUGCGGCGACCCCGGCGUCCCCGCUUACGGCAGGCGAGAGGGUACCGGCAUCCGCCACGGGGACCGGCUGUACUUCGAAUGCCUGCCCGCCUUCGAGCUGGUGGGCAAGAAGAACAUCACCUGCCAGAAGAACAACCAGUGGUCCGCCAAGAAGCCCAGCUGCGUGUUUUCCUGUUUCUUCAACUUCACCACACCCUCCGGAGUGCUGCUGUCCCCAAACUACCCGCAAGAGUACGGCAACAACAUGCACUGCGUCUGGCUGAUCAUAACCAACCCCGAAAGCCGAAUAAACCUGGCCUUCAACGACCUGAGCAUGGAGAAACAGUUCGACUUCCUCUCAAUUAAGGACGGGGGCAAGGCCGAGUCUCCCAUAUUGGGCACCUUCUCCGGCGAGGUUCUCCCUCCUCCGAUAACAACCAGUGCCCAUGUGGCACGUCUGGAGUUCUUGACCGACCACACCUACACGAACCGAGGCUUUAACAUCACCUUUACCACGUUUCGCCACAACGAGUGCCCCGACCCGGGAGUACCGGUGAACGGGAAGCGCUUCGGGCAAAGUCUCCAACUGGGAAGUUCCAUCUCCUUCCUGUGUGAGGAGGGCUUCGUCAAGACUCACGGCUCCCAGACCGUGUCCUGCAUCCUGAAGGACGGCAACGUGGUUUGGGACAACGCCGUGCCGCGCUGCGAAGCCCCCUGUGGGGGAGAUCUGAAGGCGCCCAGCGGGAUCAUCCUCUCUCCUGGCUGGCCAGAACUCUACAAGGAGGCCCUUAACUGUGAAUGGGUCAUUGAAGCUCCUCCAGGCUACCCCAUCAAGAUCAUCUUCGACAAGUUCCGCACAGAGGUCAACUAUGAUGUCCUGGAGGUCCGAGAUGGCCGUUUUCCUUCGUCGCCGCUGAUUGGAAGCUACCAAGGCACCCAGGUUCCUCAGUUCCUCAUCAGCACCUCCAGCUUCUUGUACCUCCUCUUCUCCACCGACAAGAGCCACUCAGACAUUGGCUUCCGGAUACGAUACGAAACCUUGCAGCUCCAGUCGGAUCACUGCGUGGACCCUGGCAUACCCGUCAACGGACAGCGGCACGGCAACGACUUCUACGUGGGCGCCCUGGUGACCUUCAGCUGCGAGGCGGGCUACACGCUCAGCGACCCGGAGCCCCUCGAAUGUGAACCCAAUUUCCAGUGGAGCCGCCCCCUGCCGAGCUGCGAUGCCCUGUGUGGAGGCUACAUCCAGGGCAACCUUGGCACCAUCCUGUCUCCGGGCUUCCCAGACUUCUACCCGCACAAUCUCAACUGCACUUGGAUCAUCGAGACCUCCCAUGGCAAAGGCGUCCAGUUCACCUUCCACACCUUCCACCUGGAGAGCCCUCACGACCACUUGCUGGUGACGGAGAACGGCAGCUUCUCUCAGCCGCUGUGGAGACUGACGGGCUCCACACUGCCCCCGCCUCUGAGCGCGGGCCUGUUCGGGAACUACACGGCUCAGAUCCGCUUCCUGUCCGACUUCUCCGUCUCCUACGAGGGCUUCAACAUCACUUUCUCUGAGUAUGAUCUGGAGCCGUGUGAAGACCCAGGGAUCCCGCCCUACAGCACCAGAAAGGGUCUCCAGUACGGGGUGGGAGAUGCGCUCAUCUUCUCCUGUUUCCCGGGUUACCGACUGGAGGGUCCUGCCAGGGUGCUGUGCUUGGGGGGCAGGAGGCGGGUGUGGAGCUCCCCUCUGCCAAGGUGUGUGGCUGAAUGUGGCUCCUCCGUGACGGGCAUGCAGGGGGUGCUGCUCUCCCCCAACUAUCCCGGUUACUAUGGCAACAACCACGAGUGCAUCUACUCCAUCCAGACGCAGCCGGGGAAAGGCAUCCAGCUCCGGGCUCGAGACUUCCGACUGGAGGAGGACGACAUGCUGAAGGUGUUUGACGGCAGCAGCAACUCGGCCCGUCUGCUCGGCGUGUUUACGGACGGCGAGAUGCUGGAGGCCACCCUAAACUCCACGUCCAGCUCCAUGUGGCUGGAGUUCAUCACCAACGCCGACAACGUCAGCAAGGGCUUCGAGCUCCACUUCACCAGCUUUGAGCUGGUCAGGUGUGAGGACCCGGGCGUGCCACGCUUCGGCUACAAGCGAGAGGACAAGGGCCACUUCGCGGGGAGCAGCGUGUCGUACAGCUGCGACCCCGGCUACACCCUCAAGGGCCCGGAGGUGCUCACCUGCCUGAGGGGCGAGAGGCGGGCGUGGGACAAGCCCCUCCCACUCUGUGUCGCUGAAUGCGGAGGCACCAUCAAGGAAGAGCCCACCGGUCGGAUCCUGUCUCCAGGCUACCCGGCACCGUACGAACACAACCUGCACUGCGUGUGGAGCGUGGAGGCGGCGCCAGGAAGCACCAUCAGUCUGCAUUUCCUGGUUUUCCACACGGAGGAGAUCCACGACGUGCUUCGCAUCUGGGACGGUCCCCAGGACGGAGGCGUGCUGCUGAGGGAGCUGAGCGGCUCCACGGUCCCGCCGGACGCCCACAGCACCUUCAACACCGUCAGCCUGCAGUUCACCACCGACUUCUUCACCAGCAAGCAGGGCUUUGCUCUCCAGUUCUCCGUCUCCACCGCCACCUCGUGCAACGACCCCGGCUUGCCGACUAAUGGGACCCGUAGCGGAGACAGCAGGGAGCCCGGGGACCGUGUGGUGUUCCAGUGUGACCCGGGCUACGUCCUGCAGGGCGCCGACAGGAUCGCCUGCACCGAGAUCAACGGUCGCUACUUCUGGCAGCCGGACCCUCCCACCUGCACAGCUCCGUGCGGAGGCAACUUGAGCGGUCCGAGCGGGCUGAUCCUUUCCCCGGAUUACCCUGAACCCUACCCUCACGGGCGGGAGUGCGACUGGACGGUCAGCGUCACCGAGGACUACGUCAUCGCCCUCAGCUUCAACCAAUUCAGCCUGGAGCCAAGUUACGACUUCCUGCAUAUCUAUGACGGACCGGACUCCCUCAGCCCCUUGCUGGGCAGCUUCUACGGCACGGACGUGCCCGAUCGGAUCGAGAGCAGCUCCAACACGCUCUUCCUGGCCUUCCGCAGCGACGCCUCGCUCAGCAGCAACGGAUUCGUUCUUCAGUAUCGAGAGAACCCCCGGGAGUCUUGCUUCGAGCCGGGGCUGGUGCGGAACGGGACGCGGGUGGGCAGCGAACUCAAGCUGGGUUCCGGCGUCACCUACUACUGCGACAGCGGCUACACGCUGGAGGGGGAUCAGACCCUCACGUGCAUCAUGGGGGAGGACGGCAAGCCCAGCUGGAACAAUGACAAACCCAUCUGCACUGCACCGUGUGGUGGGCAGUACUCGGGUCAGGAAGGAGUGGUCCUGUCGCCCGGUUACCCCGGCAACUACAGCAAUGCGAGGACCUGCCUGUACGCCGUGGUGGUUCCCAAGGAUUACGUGGUGUUCAGCCAGUUCGCCUUCUUCCAGACCGCUCUGAACGACGUGGUGGAGGUGUUCGAUGGACCCACUCAGUCCUCCCGGGUCCUAAGUUCCCUAUCUGGAUCCCACACAGGCGAGUCGCUGCCGCUGGCGACGACCAACCAGAUCCUGAUACGCUUCACCUCCAGAGGCCAGUCCAGCUCCAGGGGAUUCCACCUGGUCUACCAAGCGGUGCCACGGACCAGUGCCACACAGUGCAGUUCGGUCCCAGAGCCCCGGAAUGGUCGACGGAUGGGCAACAAUUUUGCAGUUGGCGCCGUCAUCCGCUUUGAGUGCAGCCCAGGUUAUGUGCUGGAGGGCCCGGGCGCCAUCGAAUGCCUGACGGUACCCAACGCCUUGGCACAGUGGAACAGCUCCAUCCCCGGCUGUAUAGUUCCGUGUGGGGCCAAUCUCACUUUUCGCACCGGGACCAUUUUGUCUCCUGGGUUUCCAGAGCCUUACCUCAACAGCCUCAACUGUGUCUGGAAGAUUACCGUUCCAGAGGGAUCGGGAAUCCAGAUCCAGGUCGUCAGCUUCGUCACAGAACAGAACUGGGACUCGUUGGAGGUGUUUGACGGGGGUGACAACACUGACACCAUGCUGGGCAGCUUCUCAGGCACUACAGUUCCAGCUCUCCUCAACAGUACGUCCAACCAACUCUACCUGCACUUUUUCUCCGAUAUCAGCGUGUCCGCCGCUGGAUUCAGGCUGGAGUACAAAACGGUGUCUCUCACCAGCUGUCCUGAGCCAGUGGUUCCUAUGAACGGCAUCAAGGUCGGGGAGCGUCUUCAGAUGAACAACGUGGUCUCCUUUCAGUGUGAACCUGGGUACACCCUGCAGGGGAGCUCACACAUCACCUGCAUGCCCGGAACUGUCCGGCGAUGGAACUACCCGCCGCCUCUCUGCAUCGCCCAGUGUGGAGGCAUCCGGGAGGAGAUGGAGGGCAUGAUACUCAGCCCUGGUUUCCCUGGCAACUACCCCAGCAACAGCGACUGCACAUGGAGGGUCUACCUGCCAGUCGGUUAUGGAGCCCACGUACAGUUUCUCAACUUCUCCACCGAGGCCAACCACGAUUUCCUGGAAAUACGCAACGGGCCGCUGGACACGAGCGCCGUCAUGGGCCGCUUCAGCGGGCAGGAAGUCCCUCCUUCGCUGCUCACCACCUCGCACGAGACAACCCUCUAUUUCCACAGCGACCAUUCCCAGAACAAACCGGGGUUCAGGUUCGAGUACCAAGCAUAUGAACUCCAAGAGUGCCCCGAUCCAGAGCCUUUCCAAUACGGAGUGGUGGUAGGUGCCGGCUACAACGUGGGUCAGUCCAUAUCCUUCGAGUGUCUGCCUGGAUACAAGCUGGUCGGACAUUCCAUCCUGACCUGCCAACACGGAACGACUCGGAAUUGGGACCACCCCUUCCCCCGCUGUGAAGUACCCUGCGGUGGAAACAUCACAUCGGAAAACGGAACCGUCUUCUCCCCGCGGUACCCGGAAGACUACCUCAACUCGGCUGACUGCACCUGGUUGAUCACCGUCGCUCCCGGCUUUGGGAUCAAGCUCAACUUCACCUUGCUUCACGUUCACGGGCCCCAUGACUUUAUAACAGUCUGGGACGGACCACAAGAAACGGCGAGGAAACUUGGCGUGUUCACCGAUGGUGAGCCCAAUGAACCACCCAGCAGCACAUCCAAUCAGGUGCUGAUCCGUUUCCGUAGCAACACAGAGAAAGGUGGAUUGUUUCGUAUUGACUUUCAAGCUUACAGGCUUCAGUUCUGUCUACCUCCGACCAUAAUUCCAAAUGCAGAGAUCCUGAUGGCGAGCAAAGAGUUUAAAAUAGGUGACAUAGUGCGCUACAGGUGCUUCCCCGGCUACCAUCUCAGCGGCAACGACAUCCUCACGUGUCGCUUGGGGACACACUUAGAGUUCCAGGGGCCUCCACCUUCAUGUGAUGUGACCUGUCCCAUGAACGAGCUGCUGACGGCGUCCACGGGCGUCAUCAUGAGCCAGUCGCCGGGCACGGGCUUCCCUCACUUCGAGUCCUGCUCCUGGCUGGUGAGGGUGGAGCCCGGCUACAACAUCACCUUCACCAUCGAGCACUUCCAGACCAGCCGGCAGUUUGACGAGCUGGAGAUCUUUGACGGCCCGUCAAGACAGAGUCCUCUCCUGAUCACGCUGAGUGGAAACUACUCCAGCCCACUCGGCAUCACCAGCUCCUCCAACCGGGUCUACCUGCACUGGUCCUUCGACCACACCACCAGCCACAAGGGCUUCCGGAUACGCUACUCAGCGGCCUACUGCAGCCCGCCGAGCGGCCCCGUCAACGGCACGGUGCACAGUCUGACGGGCGCCAAGUUGGGGAGCACGCUGCGUUUCAGCUGUGACCAGGGCUUCCGGCUGGUCGGCCAGAGCAGCGCCGCCUGCACCAGGACCGCGCAGGGGGUCUACCAGUGGAACGCACCGGUGCCGCUCUGUCAAGUCAUGUCCUGCGGAAUGCCAGUCCCUCCUGUCAACGGCAGCAUCGUGGGCCAGGACUUCUCCCUGGGAGCCAGGGCUUCAUACCGCUGCAACCCGGGAUUCCGUCUUGCUGGGCCGGUCACCACGACCGUGGUCUGCCAAGAAUCCGGGCGGUGGAGCCCCAUCGAAGCCCCGCCACGAUGUGUCCCGGUGACCUGCCCUGACAUCGGCCACUCCGCAGUGGAUCACGGACGUUGGAGAUUGAUCUAUGGACGACAGAACCAAUAUGACACCAUUAUGAUGCUCAUAUGUGACCCGGGGUAUUACUACCGGGGCCAGCGGGUCAUACAGUGCCAGGCCAACAGCACUUGGAACUACCCAGACCCCCGACCCGUCUGCGACAUCAUCUCCUGCGGGGACCUGGGGGCUCCACCAAACGGUCACAAGAUAGGAACGCUGACGGUGUACGGCGCCACGGCCAUUUUUUCCUGCAACACAGGCUACACUCUCGUGGGCUCCCGUGUGCGAGAGUGCAUGUCCAACGGACUUUGGAGCGGAACACGGGUCCAGUGUCUGGCCGGCCACUGCGGCACCCCGGAGCCCAUUGUGAACGGGCAGAUCAACGGGGAGAACUACAACUAUCGAGGGAGUGUGGUGUACCAGUGUAACCCCGGGUUCCGUCUCAUCGGGGUGUCUGUGCGGAUCUGUGAACAGGAUCACCGCUGGUCAGGCCAAACCCCCGUCUGUGUCCCUAUCACCUGUGGUCACCCGGGUAACCCCACCUUUGGUAUGACCCAAGGAUCCCAGUUCAGCCUGAAUGAUGUGGUCCGUUUUAUCUGCAACACCGGGUAUGUUCUCCUUGGGGCCGUGAAGUCCACAUGCCAGGCCAACGGACAGUGGAGUAACGCUCUGCCUCGUUGUAAAAUUGUGAACUGCACAGACCCGGGUCAUGUGGAGAACAGUGUCAGGCAGGUCUUAACCAGUGGACCACAUCGCUUCAGCUUCCAGACCGCUGUGUCAUAUCGUUGUAACCCGGGCUACUACCAGCUGGGAACCAGCUCCAUCUCCUGUCAAGGCGACGGGACCUGGGACCGCUCCCUACCCAAGUGCCUUUUGGUGUUGUGCGACCGCCCCAGCAUCCCCCCCUACGCCCAGAUCUCAGGCGACCGUCGGACCGUGGGCUCGGUCAUCCGCCACAGCUGCAUCGGCCAGCGCACCAUCGUCGGCAACACCACGCGCAUGUGCCAGCUGGACGCCCACUGGAGCGGCUCGCCGCCGCACUGCUCAGGAGACGCUGCAGGCCUGUGUGGGGACCCGGGGGUCCCCGUGCACGGCAUCCGUCUGGGGGAGCAGUUUUCCGUGGGCAGUGUGGUGCGCUUCAGCUGCGAGCCGGGAUACAUGCUGAGAGGGUCGCCUGAGAGAAGCUGCCUGGCCAAUGGCACCUGGCUGGGGACUCAACCUGAGUGCCAUGUAAUAUCCUGUGGAAACCCUGGAACUCCUCGCAAUGCCCAGAUCCUGGUCCACGACGGCCUCACCUUCUCCCGCUCCAUUACAUACGCCUGCAGGGAGGGCUACUACUCCACCGGCCUGCUCACCCGCCACUGCACCAUAAACGGCACCUGGACCGGCAACAUGCCCGAGUGCUCGGUAAUCCACUGCGGGGACCCUGGUGUGCCCGCCAACGGGGUGAGGUCCGGGAACGAUUUUACCUUCAGCCACACCGUUAGUUUCCAGUGUUCUCCUGGCUUCAACAUGGACGCCGACCGCGCCUCCACCCUCGUCUGCACCAAAGACCGCACCUGGAACGGCACCAAACCUCUUUGCAAAGCGAUCGUGUGCGGCUCGCCACCAGUCAUCCCUAAUGGACAGGUGGUGGGUACCGACUUCAACUGGGGCUCCAGCAUCAGCUACUCCUGUUACCAAGGUUACCAGCUGUCUCUGCCCACGGUGCUAACUUGCCAAGGCAACGGCAACUGGAGCGGGGAGAAACCGCAGUGCUUCCCUGUUUUCUGCGGAGACCCUGGCUUGCCCGCCCACGGGAGAAGGGAGGACCGAGGCUUCACUUACCGUUCCUCCAUCUCCUUUUCCUGCUAUUCUCCCUUCGUCCUGGUCGGCUCCGCGAACAGGUACUGCCAGGAUGACGGCACCUGGAGUGGAACGCAACCGUCCUGCAUAGACCCCACACACACCACCUGCAUAGACCCAAGCACUCCUCUCUUCGGUCAUCAGAACAACAGUCAAGGCUAUCAGGUCAGCAGCACGGUGUUCUUCAGCUGCAGGAAGGGCUACCUGCUGCAGGGCUCCGUCUCCCGGACUUGCCUGCCCAACCUCACUUGGAGCGGUUUUCAGCCCGAGUGCAUCGCUCACCACUGCAGCCAGCCGGAGCUGCCGGCCCAGUCGGACGUGCGUGCUAUUGAACUGCCAUCCCUGGGCUACACACUGAUCUACACCUGCCAGCCCGGGUUCUACUUGGCUGGAGGAUCAGAGCACAGGACCUGCAAGUCCGACGGGAGCUGGACCGGGAAGCCGCCUCUCUGUGCAGCCGAUAACCGUCCGAGUGGUAAGAGCCCGGUGGGAACCGUGCAAGAACCUCCUUCCAAAUUACCAGUCCCAGGCGGUGUGUUUGCCAAGAACUCUCUCUGGCGGGGCUCCUACGAGUACUUGGGGAAGAAGCAGCCGGCCAUGCUCAGCAUCACCGCCUUCGAGCCCUUCAGCAACCGCGUGAACGCAACGCUGCUGGACCAGAGCGGCGUGGAGCUCAAACUGGCCGGUACAUACAAGAGAGACGAAGCCCAGCUGCUACUCCAGGUCCACCAGAUCCGAGGUCCUGUGGAGAUCUUUGUCAACAAGUUCAAACUGGACAACUGGGCCCUGGAUGGACACGUGUCCUACCUCUCUUCCUCCAACUCUUUUGUGUACCAAGGAUUUGUCCGUGGGAAAGGCUUUGGACAGUUUGGUCUCCAGAGACUGGAGAGUUUGGAUCCCAGCAGAGACAAAAGCGCCUACAACUUUGCGUCCAACAGCAGUUCCGUGGCCGCCGCCAUCCUAGUGCCUUUCAUCGCCAUGAUCAUCGCCGGCUUUGCCCUGUACCUCUACAAACACAGACGGAGACCCCGAGUCCCUUUCAACGGCUACGUGGGCCACGAGAACACCAACGGGCGGGCCACGUUCGAGAACCCCAUGUACGACCGCAACAUUCAGCCCACCGACAUCAUGGCCGGCGAGACGGAGUUCACAGUCAGCACCGUGUGCACAGCGGUAUAGGGGCCGCUUCCUGCCAAGUCUCGGCAGGAGAGCUUUGCGCCGUCGUCGAGGAUGCUUCUCCAUAGUUCCUUGAGCAAGACGGCAAAAACGACAUUAUUCACUGGAAAUAGAUCAAGAACCGUCCGGCCACGCAACAAAAAAUGCUUUUUUGUGACUGGAGAGUUCUCAUCGCCCCUCCAGGAAAUAACCGCACCUGAAACAGCGUUGGAAGCUGUGACCGCUCUCCUCGUUGCCCUCAACCCAAAGGAAAUGUUGCAGUUAAGACGUGAACCUGCUGCUACCACAAAUCAGCGUGCAAGAGAAGCAUGGAAGGAAGUCCGUUUAAAAGAGCCACUCUUUGCCCCGCUGUCCGGUUGGAUUUAUUUCACCGCUUGCUGUCUGUAAUGAGGAACUCCGUCCGUCCUCACCUGUCUACUCCUGGGGAUGGAUUUAAAAUGCAAUUUCAAGGUCAUCUUGGACAGAACCGUUCAUUUCUACGUUUAUUUAUUUUUUCUUAGCCUGCUGCCAUUCUGCAUGCUGGGCAGUGGUGGCAAUUGCGGAGCUCAAAAAGAUGCACUUAGUAAUGCAUUUUUGUUCAUAUUUCCACCCCUUUUAAUUUCUCCCGCAUAUGUCGAGUUGGAAUUGCCACAAAACACAAUUUAAGAUAUUCAACACUUUACUGCCAUCAGGCGGCUAAAGUGGGUAUUGCAACCCCUCAAAUUCGUCACGUUACUGUGUCAGGUAAACCAUUACUCUCGCGCAGAUCCAAAGACCUCAAAAUCACACCGGGAGGAAGCAACAACAUAGAAACUAGAGUCAAGUCUGUCUUUAGUGACCACUUAAGGGAAAUAACGAAAGUGACCACUAUCAACGGGUGACCGUCAUUUUUCCGUACAUGUCGACUUUUAAACAAUAACAAUUUUUUUAUAUAGUUUUGGAACCGUGCUGAUGAAUUUGAGACUGCUCAUUGUCGCUCACCUAAACAGGAUGUUGGUUCCCAUUCAUGCCAGACUUUUGGCGAGACCUACCCAGUCCUGGCAUAGCUGCAUGGUCCACCGCAAAUCCCACUUAAGAAAGGACAUUUCGUGUAAUUUGCAAAGCCACGAUACGGAGUCGGAGGGGCCACGUUAAGCCGGUGUCUGCUAUGGACGAGAUGUAUAACUACUUUUUCUGCGGCGGAAAUUUUUGUGGCCGCUGUCGGCUAGUGACCGCCGUAGACAGGUGACCACUAACGCAGGCUUGACCGUAUUUCUGGACUUCACACCGCGUUCCUACCACCGAUGUUGAGACUCACUUUGUGAUCGUGCUCUAUUCCCAAAGAUCUUAACUGGCUGGUGUACGCACAGGACAGCAUGUCGCAAAUAAUGCACAGCCUGUAACUUGUGAGAUUCAGUGAAGUUAACGAGGGUUUCUGGUGAGAUUCAGCACAGUUAACGAGGGAUUCUAGUGGGAUUCAGUCCAGAUACCGAGGGAUUCUACUGACAUUAAGUCCAGGUAACGAGGGAUUCUAAUUAGAUCAAGUCCAGUUAGCAAGGAAUUCUAGUGAGAUUCAGUGCGCUUAACGAGGAAUUCUAGUGAGAUCAAGUCCAGUAAACGAGGGAUUCUAGUGAGAUUCAGUAGAGUUAACGAGGGACUUGUGAGAAUCAGUCCAGUUAACGAGGGAUUUUACUAAGAUUCAGUGCAGUUAAUGAGGGAUUUUCGUGAGAUUCAGUGUAGUUAAUGAGGGAUUCUCGUGAGAUUUAGUCCAGUUAACGAGGGAUUCUAGUGAGAUUCAGUGCAGUUAACGAGGGUUUCUAGUGAGAUUCAGUACCGUCAACGGGGGAUUCUGUUGAUAUUCAACUCAGUUAAUGAGGGAUUCUAGUGAGAGUCAGUGCUGUUAAUUAAGGACUAGUGAGAUUCAGUUCAGUAAACGAGGGAUUCUAGUGAGAUUCAGUGCAGUCUAUGAGGGACUAGUAAGAUUCAGUACAGUUAACAAGGGAUUCUAGCGAGAUUCAGUGCAGUCUAUGAGGGAUUCUAGCGAGAUUCAGUGCAGUCUAUGAGGGAUUCUAGUGAGAUUCAGUACAGUUAACGAGGGAUUCUAGUGGGAUUCAGUGCAGUUAACGAGAUAUUCUUGUGUGAUUCAGUGCAGUUAAUGAGGGAUUUCAGUGAGAUUCAGUAAAGUUAACGAGGGAUUUUAAUAAGAUUCUGUACAGUUAACGAGAGAUUCUUGUGUGAUUCAGUGCAGUUAACGAGGGAUUCUAGUGAGAUUCAGUCCAGUUAACGAGGGAUUUUAGUAAGAUUCAGUACAGUUAAAGAGGGAUUCUAGUAAGAUUCAGUGCAGUUAAUGAGGGAUUCUAGUGAGAUUCAGUCCAGUUAACGAGGGAUUCUAGAUAGUACUUUAUUUAUUCCGUCAGGAGAGUUCCUUCAGGAAAAUUACAAUUUUCAGAACAAUCCCAUUCAAGAUCAGACAAACAUUACUGGGAGACAGAACAGGAUCGCUGACGGGUCUGCCGGCUUCCAGCGCCCCUUACAAAAAAGAUGACAUACAGGUAAACAGGGGUGGGGGGGGGAAUAGAACAUUAAAAUAAAAUUAAAAUACAAUUCUAGUGAGAUUCAGUGCAGUCUAUGAGGGAUUCCAGUGAGAUUCAGUACAGCAAACGAGGGAUUCUAGUGAGAUUUAGUGCCGUUAACGAGGGAUUGUAAUGAGAUUCAGUACAGUGAACGAGGGAUUCUAGUGAGAUUCAAUACCGUCAACAGGGGAAUCUGUUGAUAUUCAACUCAGUUAAUGAGGGAUUCUAGUGAGAGUCAGUGCUGUUAAUUAAGGACUAGUGAGAUUCAGUUCAGUAAACGAGGGAUUCUAGUGAGAUUCAGUGCAGUCUAUGAGGGACUAGUAAGAUUCAGUACAGUUAACAAGGGAUUCUAGUGAGAUUCAGUGCAGUUAAUAAAGGACUAGUGAGAUUCAGUUCAGUUAACGAGGGAUUCUAGUGAGAUUCAGUGCAGUCAACGAGGGAUUCUAGUGAGAUUCAGUACAGUUAACGAGGGAUUCUAGUGAGAUUCAGUACAAUUAACGAGGGAUUCUAGUGAGAUUCAGUGCAGUUAACGAGGGUUUCUAGUGAGAUUCAGUACCGUCAACCGGGGAUUCUAUUGAUAUUCAACUCAGUUAAUGAGGGAUGUCUAGUGAGAGUCAGUGCUGUUAAUUAAGGACUAGUGAGAUUCAGUGCAGUAACGAGGGACUCUAGUGGGAUUCAGUACAGUUAACGAGGGAUUCUAGUGAGAUUCAGUGCAGUUAAUAAAGGACUAGUGAGAUUCAGUUCAGUUAACGAGGGAUUUUAGUGAGAUUCAGUGCAGUAAUGAGGAACUCUAGUGAGAUUCAGUGCAGUCAGUGGGGGAUUCUAGUGAGAUUUAGUGCCGUUAACGAGGGAUUCUAGUGAGAUUCAGUACAGUUAACGAGGGAUUCUAGAGAGAUUUAGUCCAGUUAACGAGGGAUUCUAGUGAGAUUCAGUGCAGUUAACGAGGGUUUUUAGUGAGAUUCAGUACCGUCAACCGGGGAUUCUAUUGAUAUUCAACUCAGUUAAUGAGGGAUUUCUAGUGAGAGUCAGUGCUGCUAAUUAAGGACUAGUGAGAUUCAGUUCGGUAAACGAGGGAUUUUAAUGAGAUUCAAUGCAGUAACGAGGGACUCUAGUGGGAUUCAGUACAGUUAACGAGGGAUUCUAGUGAGAUUCAGUACAGUUAAAGAGGGAUUCUUUGGAAAUUCAGUACAGUUAACAAGGAUUUUAGUGAGAUUCAGUGCAAGUUAACGGAGGAUUCUAGUGAUAUUUAGUCCAGUUAACAAGGGAUUGUAGUGGGAUUCAGUACAGUUAAUGGGGGAUUCUUGUGAGAUUCAGUAUAAUUAUUGAAGGAUUCUACUGAGAUUAAAAGUACAGUUAACGAAUGACUCUAGUGGGAUUCAGUGCCCAAAAUAGCUGAUGGGCAAUUGACGCUGUUUGAAACAUUCUCAGUUCCUAAAAACUUGCUUGUGAGUCUAAGGACUUAGUCAUGCAUUCAGGCUUGUGACUCACCGUGGCCUUGUCCUCACGUACUUACAAACCGGGAGCACAAAAACAGUCCAAGAGAAGCAACUAACAAUUUGCAGUCACGUUGUUCUCACGAGAGGCCAGAGUGUUUCAACUGGAUCCUUUUAAGGAACACAUUUCCAGAAAGCUAAGGACCAGGGGGCCGGACUUUUCUUUAUAUUGUUUUUAUUUUCAAUACCAGCAUCCUCUCUAGUGGAAAUUGUUUUUAGUAGUUUUUUUUGUAAAAGUUACAAAGUAAUGAAUAAAAUAGCCCCUUGUUACGGAAAAUACAAAGUUUGGACUUUAGAGAAAUAAAUUAGAGGUGUCAAUUAUCUUUUUUUAAUUUGUAACGAUUCUUAAAAAAUAAUAAUUAUCUAUUAUGUUUUUAAUCUGUCAUUUUCAGACACUCAGUGCAAAAAAAUUGAAGCGUCAUCAUUGAUUUUUUUUACACUGAAAUUUUACACACUGAAUUAGUUGACACUCAAUUUUUAUACACUGAAUUUUCAUCAACUGUUUUUUUUUACAGUGAAAUUUAAAACACUGAAUUUCAGAGUAUAAAAAAUCAGAAUAAAAAAAAAACUGCAUUCAAAUUUGGUAUCAACAAAUUCAGUGUAAAAUUUCUGAGUACAAUUUUUUUCAGCAUUGAUUUUUUUUGUUUAAAAAAUUAAGUGAAUACAAUUCAGUGUAAGAAAAUUCAACAUCGACACUGAUUUUUUUUUACAGUGAAAUUUAAAACACUGAAUUUCAGAGUGUUACAUUUUUAAAUAACAAAAUUCAGUGUAAAAAAAUUCUGUGUUUAAAAAAAAUCUGUGAAAUUCUUUACACUUAAUUUAUUUUUCCAAUUGCAAUUUUCCAAUUUUCUUACACAAGCAUUUAGCCAUAAAUUGUUUUCAAUGAAAUUGUCAGCAUAGUUUGAUGUAAAAAAAAUGUUGCACAAAAUUCGAGUGCAAAAAAUUCAGUUUCAUAAAAUCAGUGUAAAAAAAAAUCAGUGUUUUAAAAAUUCAGUGUCAACAAAUUCAGUGUAAAAUUUCAGUGUGAAAAAAAAACGGCAUUGAUUUUUUUGUUUGUAAAUAAAUUGAAUACAAUUUAGUGUAAGAAAAUUCAAGCGUCGACACUGAUUUUUUUACAGUGAAAUUUAAAACACUGAAUUUCAGAGUAUAAAAAUUCUGAAUCCAAAAUUUCAAUGUAAAAAAAAUUCAGUGUCUAAAAAAUGUUUGUGUCUAAAAAAAAAUGUACACUUAAUUUAUUUUUUGCACUGAAUUUUUUAAAAUAUUUCCAAUGUUCUUACACUGAAUUUUUAAACAAGCAUUUAUCCAACAUAUAGAGUUUUAAAAUUAAAUUGUCAGCAUAAUUUGAUGUAAAAAAUAAACAUAAUUUAAAAAAUUUUGAGUGCAAAAAUUCCGUUACAUAAAUUCAGUGUCAAAAAAAUUCAGUGUAAUAAAAUUCAGUAUCAACACAUUAAGUGUAAGAUUUCAGUGUAAAAAAAAUCAGCAUUGAUUAUUUGGUUUAAAAAGUAAAUGAAUACAAUUUAGUGUAAGAAAAUUCACGCGUCGACACUGAUUUUUUUUACAGUGAAAUUGAAAACACAGAGUAGAAAAAUUCUGAAUCCAAAAAUUCAGUGUCUAAAAAAAUUUUGUGUAUAAGAAAAAGUGCAUUUUUUCUACACCUAAUUUAUUUUUUGCACUGAAUUUUUUUAAUGUUUCCAAUUUUCUUACACUGAAUUUUUAAACAAGCGUUUAUCCAACAUAUAGAUUGUUUUAAUGAAAUUUUCAGCAUAAUUUGAUGUAAAAAAAAUAUAAUUUCAAAAAAUUCAAGUGCAAAAAUUCCGUUACAUAAAUCCAGUGUCAAAAAAGUUCAGUGUAUAAAAAUUCAGUAUCAACAAAUUCAGUGUAAGAUUUCAGUGUAGAGAAAAAAAAAUCAGCAUUGAUUUUUUUGGUUUAAAAAUUAAGUGAAUACAAUUUAGUGUAAGAAAAUUCAAGCGUCGACACUGAUUUUUUUUCAGUGAAAGUUAAAACACUGAAUUUCAGAGUAAAAAAAUUCAGUGUCUAAAAAAUGUUUGUGUAUAAAAAGAGAUUUAUUCUUUUACACUUUAUUUUUUGCACUGAAUUUUUAAAAAUAUUUCUAAUUUUCUUACACUGAAUUUUUAAACAAGCAUUUACCCAACAUAUAGAUUUUUUAAAUUAAAUUGUUAGCAUAAUUUGAUGUAAAAAAAUAAUAAUUUGCAAAAAUUCGAGUGCAAAAAUUCCAUUACAUAAAUAUAGUGUCAAAAAAAUUCAGUGCAUAAAAAUUCAGUAUCAACAAAUUCAGUGUAAGAUUUCAGUGUAAAAAAAAAUCAGCAUUGAUUUUUUGGUUUAAAAAGUAAAUGAAUACAAUCUAGUGUAAGAAAAUUCAACCGUCGACACUGAUUUUUUUUACAGUGAAAUUGAAAACACAGAAUUUCAGAGUAAAAAAAUUCAGUGUCUAAAAAAUGUUUGUGUAUAAAAGAGAUUUAUUCUUCUACACUUUAUUUUUGCACUGAAUUUUUUAAAAUAUUUCUAAUUUUCUUACACUGAAUUUUUAAACAAGCAUUUACCCAACAUAUAGAUUUUUUAAAUUAAAUUGUUAGCAUAAUUUGAUGUAAAAAAAUUAUAAUUUGAAAAAAUUUGAGUGCAAAAAUUCCGUUACAUAAAUAUAGUGUCAAAAAAAUUCAGUGCAUAAAAAUUCAGUAUCAACAAAUUCAGUGUAAGAUUUCAGUGUAAAAAAAAAAUAAAUUGGUUUAAAACGUAAAUGAAUACAAUUUAGUGUAAGAAAAUUCACGCGUCGACACUGAUUUUUUUUACAGUGAAAUUGAAAACACAGAGUAUAAAAAUUCUGAAUCCAAAAAUUCAGUGUCUAAAAAAAUUUUGUGUAUAAGAAAAAGUGAAUUUUUUCUACACCUAAUUUAUUUUUUGCACUGAAUUUUUUAAAUGUUUCCAAUUUUCUUAAACUGAAUUUUUAAACAAGCGUUUAUCCAACAUAUAGAUUGUUUUAAUGAAAUUUUCAGCAUAAUUUGUUGUAAAAAAAAAUAUAAUUUCAAAAAAUUCAAGUGCAAAAAUUCCGUUACAUAAAUCCAGUGUCAAAAAAGUUCAGUGUAUAAAAAUUCAGUAUCAACAAAUUCAGUGUAAGAUUUCAGUGUAGAGAAAAAAAAAUCAGCAUUGAUUUUUUUUGUUUAAAAAUUAAGUGAAUACAAUUUAGUGUAAGAAAAUUCAAGCGUCGACACUGAUUUUUUUUCAGUGAAAGUUAAAACACUGAAUUUCAGAGUAAAAAAAUUCAGUGUCUAAAAAAUGUUUGUGUAUAAAAAGAGAUUUAUUCUUUUACACUUUAUUUUUUGCACUGAAUUUUUAAAAACAUUUCUAAUUUUCUUACACUGAAUUUUUAAACAAGCAUUUACCCAACAUAUAGAUUUUUUAAAUUAAAUUGUUAGCAUAAUUUGAUGUAAAAAAAUUAUAAUUUGAAAAAAUUUGAGUGCAAAAAUUCCGUUACAUAAAUAUAGUGUCAAAAAAAUUCAGUGCAUAAAAAUUCAGUAUCAACAAAUUCAGUGUAAGAUUUCAGUGUAAAAAAAAAUCAGCAUUGAUUUUUUGGUUUAAAACGUAAAUUAAUACAAUUUAGUGUAAGAAAAUUCAAGCGUCGACACUGAUUUUUUUUUACAGUGAAAUUGAAAACACAGAGUAUAAAAAUUCUGAAUCUAAAAAUUCAGUGUCUAAAAAAAUUUUGUGUGUAAGAAAAAGUGAAUUUUUUCUACACCUAAUUUAUUUUUUGCACUGAAUUUUUUAAAUGUUUACAAUUUUCUUACACUGAAUUUUUAAACAAGCAUCUAUCCAACAUAUAGAUUGUUUUAAUGAAAUUUUCAGCAUAAUUUGAUGUAAAAAAAAUGUAAUUUCAAAAAAUUCGAGUGCAAAAAUUCCGUUACAUAAAUUCAGUGUAAAAAAAUUCAGUGUAAGAUUUCAGUGUAAAAAAAAAAAAAAUCAGCAUUGAUUUUUUGGUUUAAAAAUUAAGUGAAUACAAUUUAGUGUAAGAAAAUAAAAGCGUUGACGCUGAUUUUUUUUACAGUGAAAUUUAAAACAGAAUUUCAGAGUAUAAAAAUUCUGAAUCUAAAAAUUCAGUGUCUAAAAAAAUGUGUAUAAAAAAAGGGAAUUUUUUUUGCGCUGAAUUAAAAAAAAUAUUUCUAAUUUUCUUACACUGAAUUUUUAAACAAGCAUUUACCCAACAAAUAGUUUCCAAUAAAUUUGUCAGCAAUAUUUGAUGUAAAAAAAAAAAAAAAAAUCAUCUCACAAAAUUGAAAUUCCGUUACAUAAAUUGCCCAAAAAAAAAAAGUUUUCGUCUUAAAGAGACAAAUUGACCUCCAUGCGCUGCAGCAAAUCAGCGUGCGUCCAAACAGGCUUUUAAUGGAGUGUUUAUAAUCACCUACAUGCAUAAUUUCCCAGCCAAACUUGGGCCUUUGAAAGCAAUCACUGUAAUGUUCCUUCAAUCAGAGCGGCUCUGGGGCCAGUAAUUGCUUUUACAACGUUAUUACUUUUACGGCCCCUCACUUAUCGCAGCGCCACAGAUAGAAUAUUGCCCCUCGCCAGCCCGGGCUGGUGAAUUGAUGGAAAAGGAAACAAUUGAAUUACCCCGGAGAUUCCACGCCGGCGGCACGAAGCGCCCCACGUUAUCUCAGCUUUUGGGAAUUCCGCUUUUUUUUUUUUUGUUCGGAAAUAUUCCCGCAACUGGGGCGCGUUCGCUCAUUUCCAGGUGCGUUUUUUUUAAAUUGCAAAAUGUAAGAGAUAAGGAUGUCCUUCGUCAAGCUUAAUUGUGGGAGUCAGCAACAGGAAGUGUUACUUAUGGCAGAGACAGUUAUGAUUGGAAGCACUUGCUUUCUCAUUUCCAGGGAUUGUGUCGAUCUCUGGUUUUGGACUAGCUCAGGGGUAGGGAACCUAUGGCUAUAGAGCCAGAUGUGGCCCUUUUGAUGACUGCAUCUGGCUCUCGGAUAAAUCUGAGCUGACAUUGCUUAACAGGAUAAGUAUUGAAUAAUUCCACUUGUAAUCACAGUGUUAAAAACAACGUUAAAAAUAUAAAACAUUCUCAUGCAUUUUUAUGUUCAAGAAGUUGCGUUAAUGGUAAGAAGUAAUUUAUUUAUUAUUGGUUGGGGGGGGGCUUGCCCUCCUGGGGGUCCUUCAGACCACCAAGAGCCUGUUUUAGGGUUCCAAUAUUGUUUUAUUUUAUUUUUCUCUCAGUUGCUUUACAGCAAUUGCCGUUUUCUCUUUCGUCCUCACUUGCGCUCUGGCUCCAGCCCCAACCCUGUCUCUCCUCCUGGCUGUUGCUUAUAACAGAGCGACAGGUGAUUAGAUAAAAAGGCCCAGGUGGGCCGUCUACGCACCUGUCGUUGAUUUCGAGGCCGGUCCUGGCAACAUCCUGUUUUGCUGCAGGCCCGCAGGCCACAACCCCUCCACAGUUAGCUUCAGAAUAACAAUGUUAUUACAAAGAAUAAGAGACUUAUUAUACUCUGGAAAUAUUGGUCUUACUUAAAAAAUGCCCGCGUUUAGUUGUGUUCAGUGUUAAAAAAAAAUAUUAUAUGGCUCUUAGGGAAAAACAUUUUAAGAUAUUUGGCUUCUUGGCUCUCGCAGCCAAAAAGGUUCCCGACCCCUGGACUAGCUUGUAACGCAAAUUUAUGCUCACAAAAAAAAAAAAAAAAAAGUUGAGGGGCACAGAGGCUGAAUUCUUGUGCUGUGACCCGCCUACUUUUAUAGUGUUGUUGUUUUUUUUAAUUCAGUGGCUUUCGCACUUGCUUUUCAUUUCCAGGGAUUGUGUCGAUCUCUGGUUUUGGACUAGCAUGUAACGCAAAUGUAUUCUCGUAAAAAAAAAAAGAAAGCUGAGAGAUGGGGAUGUUGAAUUCUAGUGCUGCCACCCGCCUGCUUUUUUAUUGUUUUUUUUGUUUUUGUUUUGAUUCGGUGGCUUUCGCGCUGGCUGUCUCAUUUCCAGGGAUCUGAAUUCUAGUGCUGCCAUCCGCCUACUUUUUUGUUUAUUUUUAUUGUAUUGUUUUUGAUUCGGUGGCUUUUGCACAUGCUUUCUCAUUUCCAAGGAUUGUGUCGAUCUCUGGCUUUGGACUAGCAUGUAACGCAAAUUUAACCUCGCAAAAAAAAAAAAAAAAAAGAUGAGAGGCGCGGAUGCUGAAUUCUAGUGCUGCCACCCGCCUGCUUUUUUAUUUUUUAUUUCUUUAUUUUUUUUGACUUGGUGGCUUUUGCACUUGCUCUCUCAUUUUCAGUGAUUGUUUCGAUCUCUGGCUUUGGACUAGCUUGUAACGCAAAUGUAUGCUUGCAAAAAAAUACUAAAAAAAAUGAGAGUCUUGGAAGUUCAAUACUAGUGCUGCCAACCGCCUGCUUUUUUAUUGGUUUGUUUUUUUAAUUUUCGCAUUUGCUCUCUCAUUUCCAAGGAUUGUGUCGAUCUCUGGCUUUGGACUAGCAUCUAACGCAAAUUUAACCUCGCAAAAAAACACAAAAAAAAGGUGAGAGGCGCGGAGGCUGAAUUAUAGUGCUGCCCCCGCCUGCUUUUUUAUUGGUUUGUUUUGUUUUUUAUGAUUCGGUGGCUUUUUUUUAAUUGUAAGAGAUAAUGAUGUCCUUCGUCAAGCUUAAUUGUGGGAGUCAGCAACAGGAAGUGUUUCUUAUGGCAGGAACAAUUAUGAUUGGCUGGACAUAUAAGGGCUAGGUGUAAAGGACCGGACUCGAACCCUUCAAGAAGCACUUGCUUUCUCAUUUCCAGAGAUUGUUUCGAUCUCUGGCUUUGGACUAGCUCGUAACGCAAAUCUAUGCUUGCAAAAAAAAAACUGAGAGGCUUGGAGGCUGAAUUCUAGUGCUGCCACCCGCCUGCUUUUUUAUUGCUUUUUUUUUUGUUUUUUUGAUUCGGUGGCUUUCGCACUUGUUCUCUCAUUUUCAGGGACUGUUUCGAUCUCUGGCUUUGGACUAGCUCGUAACGCAAAUCUAUGCUCGCAAAAAAAAACGAAAAAAAAAACUGAGAGGCUUGGAAGCUGAAUUCUAGUGCUGCCACCCGCCUGCUUUUUUAUUGGUUUGUUUUUUUAUUUUCGCAUUUGCUCUCUCAUUUCCAAGGAUUGUGUCGAUCUCUGGCUUUGGACUAGCAUGUAACGCAAAUUUAACCUCGCAAAAAAACCCCAAAAAAAGCUGAGAGGCGCGGAGUCUGAAUUCUAGUGUUGCCACCCGCCUGCUUUUUCAUUGGUUUGGUUUGUUUUUUAUGAUUCAGUGGCUUUUUUUUAAUUGCAAAAUGUAAGAGAUGAUGAUGUCCUUCGUCAAGCUUAAAUGUGGGAGUCAGCAACAGGAAGUGUUACUUAUGGCAGGAACGAUUGUGAUUGGCUGGACAUAUAAGGGCUUGGUGUAAAGGACCGGACUCAAGCCCUUCAAGAAGCACUUGCUUACUCAUUUCCGGGGAUUGUUUCGAUCUCUGGCUUUGGACUAGCUCGUAAAGCAAAUCUAUGCUUGCAAAAAAAAAAAACUAAAAAAAACAGAGUCGAGGAGGCUGAAUUCUAGUGCUGCCACCUGCCUGCUAUUUUAUUGGUUUGUUUUUUUAUUUUCGCACUUGCUUUCUCAAUUCCAGGGAUUGUGUCGAUCUCUGGCUUUGGACUAGCUUUGUAACGCAAAUUUAUGCUCGCAAAAAAAAACAGGCACGGAGGCUGAAUUCUAGUGCUGCCACUUGCCUUCUUUUUUAUUUUAUUUAUUUAUCUAUUUUUUAUUCGAUGGCUUUCACACUUGCUUUUUCAUUUCCAGGGAUUGUGUCGAUCUCUGGCUUUGGACAAGCAUGUAACACAAAUUUAUACUCGCAAAAAUUUUUUUAAAUAGCUGAGAAACAGCUCGUAACUCAAAAUACUUGUGAAUUGAGGCAAUGUGUGGCCAGAUUAACGACAUUUGACUCAUUUCUUUGUCUGCCAGUUUUUUAUUGGACGUCAAAAACCAAAGAAAUUCAGUUCAAAUUCUUGAGGUUGCAUCUCUUGGUUCUGUUGUUUUUCAAAUAGGGGCGAGAUAUUCCCAGUGUGUCAUUUUGCAGACAUGGAAAGUUUUCCCCGCUAACGAGAGGUAUGUCCUUAGUUGGGUGAGUCGGGAAAGUUCUCUCCAGGAGAGCGUCCUGAAGUUUAUAUGAGGAUGGGAGACUUUCAAGUUAUCAGCCGACUUCCUGGUUCUUCUGCAUAUUUCAAGACGCAGAUUCCGUCCUUCCUCGGCACGUUUUAAGAUAUCAGCGAGGCGCAGCUCGCCAUCUCGUCUAUAAUGGAACAGACCGCGGCUUAACUUCCUGGAGACUCCACUCCUCACAGGCGAGGGAGAACUUUCCCGUCUUGGCUCUUCGGUUUCCGCGUAAAGCGAUCCAUCGAACUUGCAGUUUAAUCUUCUUUGUCAUCGGCACUACUCGCAACUUAUCCAAAAUAUUCCGUUUUUAAGGGCCGUUACCAAAUUAGUCUGAAUGUAUUUCACCCCGCUGACUUUGAAAAACCUCAAAAACUAUUUUUUUUUUGCUCGUUUUCGUCUUUGUUCGCCGGGAUUGUCGUAAGAAAUGCUUUUCAUUUGGCACAGAAUAGUUUCCUGUGUGCGCUCCUUUGCGAGGGGGUCAGAAAAAGAGAUUUUUCUUUCUCUAAAAAAAAAAAAAAAAAAAAAGACGCCCACUGAAUGAGAAAAAAAAAAAUCUGAUGAAGACUCAGACGCACUCGGGCGAGCUCAGUGUGGCUUCUUUAAACAGACCCAACGGCCUAGAAGUCAAACGGAAAUAAAGCGGGAUGAGAGAGGACUGUGUAACUUCAAAGUAUCUCUAAAAAAAAAAAAGACUAUCAACAGACAAAAAAAACUUUUUUUGUACAGAGAUAUAUUUUUAUGAAAAUACAUUUGUAAUAUAAAAUGGAAAAAAAAAUGGAUUGACAUAUGUACUUUUUCCAUUAUUGUAGUACAAACGCUAGUGGGGGGAGUACAUGGAAAACUAUAUAUAUAAAUAUAUAUAUGAAUAAUUCUAUAUAUAAAUAUAUACAAAUCAAAUUGAAACAAGGCUCUUUUGUAUGUGUAAAAAAGAUUGUACAUAAAAGUUUACAUACGUAUUGUACAUAUGUAAGACCCACCAUGGCUUGUCCGCAAUAUAUAAAAUGUAUUUUAUCUGUCUGUAUAUGAUGCUUUGCAAUGUGUCUAAGCUUAUUCUACUUUCUUGAACUUGAAACUUAUUUUGAAGGUUUUGGAAUAAAAUAUU